AGGGCCGCCGGCUGCGGACACUCCCUUUUCCGCGGGCAGGGGCGGGCGGGGAGGGCUCGGGGGCUGCUGGAUGCGGGUCCCGCGCUGCGCUGCACCGUUAUCUCCGCCGCCGCGGGAGGAGCCCGGCACGGAGGAGAGCCCGUCGGAGCCCGGCCGGCGCCUCUGCCUCUGCUUCGCUGCCGUCGGCGGGGGAAGAGCCCUGCGCUCGCCGCGGGCAGGACCAUGCGCUGCCAGCCGCUCUCAGGGACCGUGCUGCUGGGAGCCGCCCUGCUGCUCGCAGGAUCUAGUUUGGGAUCAAAAUUAAAAGUUCCUGAACUGAGUAUAAAUGGCACACAGCACGUCAUUCAAGCAGGCCAGACUUUAAACCUCACAUGCAGGGGGGAAAUGGUUCAUUCAUGGUCUUUGCCUGAAACUCUAAGUAAGGAUAGCAAAAGGCUGAAAGUAAUUAAAUAUGCCUGUGGAAGGAAUGGGAAGCAGUCUUGUAGUAGUCUGACCUUGAGCAGAACUCAAGCAAGUGACACUGGAAACUAUAGCUGCAAAUAUCCAACAAGUGCUGUGAAAAAGAAGAAGGAAUCUUCAGUCUAUGUAUUUAUUAAUGAUACAGGCAAUCCAUUUGUAGAGAUGCACAGUGACAUACCAAAAAUAAUACACAUGACCGUGGGAAGAGAAAUGAUCAUUCCAUGCAGAGUCACAGCACCAAACAUUGCUGUUACUUUGAAAAAGAUUCCACAAGAAACCCUAAUUCCUGAUGGCAAGACAAUAAUCUGGGACAACAUGAAAGGUUUCAGGAUACCUAAGGCAACAUACAAAUUCAUAGGGCUCCUGAGCUGUGAGACAACUCUUGGUGGACACAAGUAUAGCACGAAGUAUCUAACACACCGAGAAACCAACACAAUUUUUGACAUCCAGUUAAGCACCCCACGUCUAGUCAAGUUGCUCAAAGGAGACAGCCUGGCGAUUAACUGCACCGUCACUGCAGCCUGGAACACAAGAGUGCAGAUGACGUGGAGUUAUCCCGGAGGGGCAAAGAAGAGAGGUUCUAUAACCCAGCGUAUUGACCAGAAGAAUACAGAAGCCAAUAUUUUCUACAGUAUUCUUGUUAUCGACAGAGUGCGUGAUAUUGAUAAAGGCCAGUAUACCUGCCAUGUGAAGAGUGGCCCAUCAAUCAAAUCUGUUAACACAACAGUCCUCGUUUAUGAUAAAAUGUUCAUUAAGUUGAAACAUCGAAGAAAAACUGCACUGGAGGCUGUAGCUGGAAGAAAAUCCUAUCGUUUGUCAGUGAAAGUGAAGGCAUUUCCCUCUCCAGAGGUUUUAUGGUUAAAAGAUGGGCUACCUGCUGCAGAAAAAUGUGCCCGGUACAUGAUUAAAGAAUAUUCAUUAAUCAUCAAGGAUGUUGCUGAAGAAGAUGCUGGAAACUACACCGUAAUAUUGAGCAUACGGCAGUGGAACUUGUCUAAGAAUCUUACUGUCACCCUUACAGUAAAUGUGAAACCCCAGAUAUAUGAAAAUGCUGUGUCAUCAUUCCCUGAUCCCAAUCUGUUUUUACUGAGCAGCAAACAAGUGCUGACAUGCACUGUUUAUGGUAUUCCUCAGCCUAAAAUCACAUGGAUGUGGUAUCCCUGUAGGCAAAACCAUUCUAAAACAAGGCGCGGCUUUUGCUCUUACAUCGAUGGAUCUUCCAUUUUGAAAGCUGGCAGCAGCAUAGGAAACAGAAUCCAGAGCAUCUCAGAGCGAACAGCAGUAAUUGAGGGCAAAAAUAAGACUGCUAGCACUCUGGUUGUAGCUGAAGCCAAAUCUGCUGGAAUCUACAGCUGUGUGGCAGCCAAUAAAGUGGGGAAAGCUGAAAGAAAUGUGAGCUUUAUUGUAACAGAUGUACCGAAUGGAUUCCACAUUAAUUUGGAAAAAAUGCCUAUUGAAGGAGAGAAUUUGAUAUUGUCCUGUUCAGCCAACAAAUUCCUGUACAAAGACAUUGCUUGGAUUUUACCAAGAACAGUAAAUCAAACGAAAGCAAAAAAGUCUCUCAAUAAGGAGUACUCCGUCACCCUCACGCUAACCAUCAAGAACGUUUCCCUGGCGCACUCGGGCACCUAUACCUGCAGAGCAAGGAACAUAUACACGGGGAAAGAAGUGCUUCAAAAGAAAGACGUUACAAUCAGAGCUCAAGAGGCACCAGCCCUACUGCGGCAUCUUACAGAUCAGACGGUGAAUACCAGUAACUCUGCAAUGUUGGAGUGCCAGGUUCAUGGCAUCCCAGAGCCACAGAUAUCCUGGUUUAAAAACCAUGAAGAAAUACAUCAAGAAUCAGGAAUAAUUUUAGGGCCCGGAAGCCGAAUGCUGUUUAUUGAAAGAGUAAAAGAGGAGGAUGAAGGACUUUACCAGUGCAUAGCCACCAACUUAAAAGGGUCUGUGGAGAGUGCAGCGUAUGUCACAGUACAAGGCACAUCAGAGAGGUCAAACCUGGAGCUAAUAACGCUGACCUGUACCUGUGUGACUGCAACACUCUUUUGGCUCCUGCUGACUCUCUUCAUACGCAAGCUAAAGAGGCCUUAUUCUUCUGAAAUUAAGACCAAUUACUUGUCAAUCAUAAUGGAUCCUGAUGAAGUCCCCUUGGAUGAGCAAUGUGAACGCCUGCCUUAUGAUGCCAGCAAGUGGGAGAUUGCAAGGGAAAGGCUAAAACUAGGAAAGUCACUUGGACAUGGAGCUUUUGGGAAGGUGGUACAAGCAUCUGCUUUUGGAAUUAAGAAAUCAUCAACCUGCAGAAUAGUUGCUGUGAAAAUGCUGAAAGAAGGGGCCACAGCGAGUGAGUACAAAGCUCUGAUGACUGAGCUGAAGAUCCUGAUCCACAUUGGUCAUCAUCUCAAUAUUGUGAAUUUGUUGGGAGCUUGCACAAAGAACGGAGGGCCUUUGAUGGUGAUUGUUGAAUACUGCAAAUACGGGAAUUUAUCAAACUAUCUGAAAAGCAAGAGGAAUUUUUUUUGCUCCAACAAGGACUCCUCUGUGCAAGUAGAGCCAAUGAAAGAGAAAAAGGAUAUUGAGCUGAUAGAAGGCAAAAAACAAAGGCUGGCCAGUGUCACCAGCAGUGAGAGCUUUGCAAGCUCGGGGUUUCAGGAAGAUAAAAGUCUGAGUGAUGUGGAGGAGUCCGAGGAGGAUUCUGACGAGUUUUACAAGCUGCCCCUCACUAUGGAAGACCUGAUUUCCUACAGCUUUCAGGUGGCCAGAGGCAUGGAGUUCUUGUCCUCCAGAAAGUGUAUUCAUCGUGACCUGGCAGCCAGAAACAUCCUUUUAUCUGAGAACAAUGUAGUGAAGAUCUGCGAUUUUGGCCUUGCAAGAGAUAUUUAUAAGAAUCCUGAUUAUGUGAGAAAAGGAGAUGCUCGACUUCCUCUCAAGUGGAUGGCUCCAGAAUCCAUAUUUGAUAAAAUCUACAAUACAAAAAGUGACGUGUGGUCCUAUGGGGUAUUGCUGUGGGAGAUAUUUUCCUUGGGUGCCUCUCCUUACCCUGGAGUCCAAAUAGAUGAGGAUUUCUGCAGCAAACUAAAAGAAGGCACAAGAAUGCGGGCCCCAGAGCAAGCGACAGAAGAAAUCUACCAGAUCAUGCUGGACUGUUGGCGAAGCAAUCCCAACGACAGACCGAGGUUCUCUGAACUGGUGAAAAAGCUGGGGGAUCUGCUUCAAGCAAAUGUGCAACAGGAAGGCAAAGACUACAUACCCGUGAAUACUAUAUUUACAACUGAAAGUAUGUUUCCAUCUGCACCCAUUUCUUUGUGCAAUGAAAACUUAUCUGCUACAAGCUCAAACUGUGGAAGCACUGAAAACGUCAGAUAUAUAAACACUUUCAAAAUAAAUCCACCCCAGCGCAUAAAAACAUUUGAAGAGCUUCCCAUCAAGGAAACAUUUGUAUUUAAUGAUUACCAAGCAGACAGUGGGAUGGUGUUAGCUUCAGAAGAACUGAAACGCUUCACCUGGACAGACAGCAAACAGAGACGGACACUCUUUGGUGUGAAAGGUGCCAGCAGGAGCAAGGAGUCGGUGCUUUCCGGAAUAACUAAGCCAAGAAGCUUCUGCAGUUUCAGCUGUGACCAACUCAGUGAUUCCAAGCAAAGACACACUUACAGCAAUACAGUGAUGGAGAAAAUGAAAGUAUGUCAUUCUCCCCCUCCUGACUACAACUCAGUGGUCCUCUAUGCUCAGCCACCUAUUUAAGUAGGCCAAGAUUUAUGCAUUUAAUUGGAAAAGGUUUUUCUAAAACACUGCCAGUUUAAACAUUUUGACCUGAAUAAUUUUAGCUAUCCUACAAUUUUAAAACUGCCAUUGGCUUAAUCAAGUGAUUUGCUUUUCCACAAACUGCAAGAAACAUAUACAAAAUAUAGUAAAAUACUAACGCUUAGGCCUUGACUUUCCCAGUGCUGACAAACAGCUGUCACUAAAAUUGCCUGAUACUUCUGAAAACUAGAAUGGUCAUCAUUACAGACAAAACCCGUUCAGUGUUUAAUCCCUGGCAGCAGGAUGGUAUUUAAUGCUAGAGUAACCUAGCCUCUGUUCAGACUUGUGCAGCACUGAUAUAUCACUGUUAGAGGCACCCUAGAAUUCGCACUCCAUUGCUUGGACCUAUGCUAAGGCCACCUGUGCAGUGCUGAAAAACGAAGGAUCGUCUAACAAGAGGCAAACAAGGAGACCACACUCUAUAGUUUUUAGUGAAAACUCUAUUUUGAGAAACUUGAGGGAAGGCUAAUGCUCUGGGGAAUCUGAAUUAGCUAGCUGAUGAUGAGGUGUAAGAAAGAUCUUACUCCUCUGGGUAACAAAAGAGGUGAGGAGUUCUGCGAGGCCAGGACUUGGCACAUGUGCUGUGAAACACAUUUGGCAAGGAUACAAAAGAACUAAGAUCAGAGCCAGGGCUGAAAUAGCAGGGACUACAGAACAAUUCAUUUGGUUAAGCCUGCUGAAAUCCAUUAAACUUCCCUGAAGUUUUGCACUUUUUCAAUAUAUUAGCAUACACACACUGGAAACAAACUAGACAUGUUAAGUCAAGCUUUGUCCAUGAAACCUAGUGGACCUUCUAACAUUGCACUGAGUAUAUUUUAUUUAUGGGAACCUGUCUGAAAGGACAGGAGGCUACUAAACUGCAUAUAUUUUAAACAAAGAAUUGAUUAUUAUAGAGUUUGAAAGGUUUAGUUAGAAAUAAGACAAUCUCUUUGGAAAGUUAGGGCAGCUUUUCUAUGAAUGUAGUUGAAUUUCUAGGUUAGUUAACAGUAUAUACAUACAGGAAAAGUCUAUCAUUUAUUUGCAUCAAACUUUUGUAUAGCAUCUCAGAAAGGAAAUGAAUGUUCUUCAUUUGAAAAGUGUAAGGAUGCACUAUCUCCCUUUACCUUUGAAUGUAAUAUUAAAAUGGCUUUUGGCCAAUUAACAACAGCACUGAUUAUUUCUGGAUCAACAACUACUGCCCCAUCUCAGUUUCCUGUGGUCUACUAUAAACAUUUAUUAAAAUGUAACUUACACUAUGACCACUCAAAACUCACUUUAGUGGCUGUGAGCUUGACUCACUAACAGACUUAAAGGCAAAUGUCUAUUUUUACAAAGAUAAAAACAUUCCUGUAUACUCAUGAUAGAUGUGUACCACUAACUCCUAAGCUACAAAGAAUCCAUUCUAGUUCUUCCUUGUCAAGAGAUCAUUAAUUUUAACCAUAGCCUACUGCAUUGUUUCUUGAUGGUGAAGUGUAUGCUAUCUUGAUCAAAACAAAUGGAAAGUCAAAGAAGCGUUUAACUCCAAGUCAGCUAAAAUAAUCGAGUGAUAAUGCAUCUCUAAAAGGAAGUGUUUGCACAGUGUAAAUAUAUAAAUAUGCUUUUUGUGCAUAAAUAUUUAAGAAAACUGGACUACAAAAAUUUCUUUUAUAUGAUCUCUAAGUUUCUUUGGAUGUGAAUAACUCGCUUUUAUCUUGCAUUUCCUCUCUAUAUAAUGUAUUUGACUGCUAAAUUCAUAUAAUAAAGUUUGCUUUUGAAAGAGUAUACACAGGCUAGUUAACCCAGUAAAGAUUACUGCAACAGCCAGUCCAGCACUGGACAGCACUAACACGUACAUCUGUCCAUCAAUCCAUCAAAUAUGCUUCCCACACAACAAAGCAGAUAAGGAGCAAUACAAGUGUCCAUCUUUGAAAUACACUAGAUUCAGUAUAUUUAAGAAAUAUUUACUGCUGUCCAAAGCGAAAAAACACUCUACCUCCAGGAAAGUCAAGGUUUCAUGGUGGAGAAAAGAAAACCCAUUGCCAAAUACCAUUUAACUGCCCCUUGGUCACUUCUACAGCCAAAAGAUCUGGUGCAGAUGAAAGGACAACAAAAAAAAAGCUAGAGCAUCACCAAUACAAAGCUUGUUCUGAACCUGCGACAUGAGUUAGUGCGUCCAGUCUGGAAGAUGGUUUUUCUUCCUCAUGAGGAUUCUCCAAGUCCCUGCCCCUGGCAGCAGAUCAGGUGAAGCUGCCUCCACUUAGAUGUUCAAUAGUGCUCUCUGGUAUGUAAAUCUAGAUGACCUGAGCAGAUCUCCAAGUCAUGCUGCAGAUAUAACUAUGUUAAAGUGCUGGAAGGAAGCUGAGAAGAAACUUCCUCCAGAGAAGCAGAUUAUUAUGGAAUUACCUACUACGGUAGGAGGUUCUAUAUCUGUUGCUACACAUUAUUAAAAGAGACUGGAGAGUAGACAAGCGCAUCAAGCAAGCCUGCUGCAACUUUAGUCUCUAUAAAAUAAUAUUUCUUAAACAAUAAUGCAACUUAAGUGACAAUGACUCCAUAUGAAAUAUAUGCAAGAAAAAGUACUGACACUACUACACAAUUUUGUGCAAGAUGUGUUACAUAAGCAUGGUCAGGGUUGGAAGGUACAGGAUAUUUUACUCCACAACUAAGUCACCUCAUCUUUGGUGAUUAACAAUACAGAACAGAUAAUUCUGGGCACUGAAGCUGUCAAUCACUCCAUAUGCAAGUUUUCAGAGAAACUAAAAUACCUUUGUGCAGAAGAGAUCAACAAACAAGAAAGUAAGUCUACUUUUUAAUACAGUUUUCAGAAUUAGGACUUGUCUAAUAAAGCAGAACUGACCUGACAGAAGCAGUUACUGCUUUGACUUGGGAGUUAAGGAAGUGUGUUAUUACUACACUUCUUUUGUAUAGCAUCUAUAAAUUUUAGGACAUCUGAUGUACUGUAAGUAG